ACUAGUCCCAUAUUUGCCAAGAAAGAAAUGGGCCGGGGUUAAUGUUUUGUGUCAUUGUGUGUGAGACUGAUGAGGCGAUAGCUUGCACUAGCAGUAGCUUAGCUAGGCAGGGAGGGCACAAGCAGCAACAGCAACUGCCACUGCAGCUGCAUUUGUACUUGGUGAUGAGAGAGGGGGGAGCUUUAAGCUUGGUAGUCCCCCUCUGCUCUUACUUCUUGCAUGGUCCCCCUCUUCGUCCCCCUCUCCUCCGCCCCAGCUUACAACUCCCAUAUCCCCUUAAAACCACACCAACUCGUAGCCAAUUUCUUCAGCGCGGAGACGCAAGAUAUAGCAGCAGCUAGCAAGAAUUGCCCCGAGUUGGGUGGUUAAUUCUUGGUUUUGGUUCACGUAGAAGCAGAUAGCUUGGUUGGUUGGUUAGACGGCCAUGGCGAAGCCGCAGGACAUGCGCAGCGUCGACUCGUUCUCGCAGCUGCCGUUCAUCCGGCCGGCGCCGCCGCCGCAGCAGCAGGCGCGGGACACAAUCCGGCUGUUCGGCUGCGAAUUCUCCAACGACCUGCAGCUGCGGCCCACGGAGGCCGGUGCAGGCUCCCCCGACGCGGCCAACGGCAGCACGGUCACGUCAGAGGGCAGCAACGGCGGCGACGGCGGCACCAAGAACGGCGGCGCCGCGACGGCGGCGGCGGAGCGCAAGUUCGAGUGCCACUACUGCUGCCGCAACUUCCCGACGUCGCAGGCGCUGGGCGGCCACCAGAACGCGCACAAGAGGGAGCGGCAGCACGCCAAGCGAGCUCACCUCCAGGCCUCCCUCGCCAUGCACCGCUACAUGCCGGGGCACAUGUACGGCCUCUUCAACUACCACCACCACAUCGGCGGCCGCUUCGACCACCACCCGCCGCCGCCGCCGCCGCCGCCACCGCCGGCGCACUACCCGAUGUGGACGAGCGCCGCCCCGGGCGCCUUCGCCGGGCCAGGUUCCAUGGCGCAGCCCAUCAACGGUAGCCCCGUGCAGGCCGGGCUGUGGAGCGUGCCGCCGCCGACGGAGAAUUUCGGCAGCACGGCCGGCAGGCAGGGCGCUGACAAGCUGGCUACUACGGUGGCGGGCACGCCGGCGGCGGGGGAGGUGGCAUGCAAGGACGAGAUGGUGCCGAUGAGCUUGCUGUCCUCGUCGCCUUCGUUGUCGUCGUGCUCGUCGACGUCGCCGGAGAUGCUAGGUAGGUGUGAAUUGGGGCAGAAGGAGGGUGUCAGCUUGGACCUCCAUUUGUAAUCCAUGUCUAAUUAGGUUUUCUUCUUGUGGAUUAGCAGUCGCAAGAAAGGGUAUGUUAAUUCUCAUAGCUUAAAUAAUCUACUCUUUUUGCCUUGUCCGGAUCCAAGUUUAGCUAGCUACCUAGCUUGUGUUGCCACUUUAUUUUUACCAGGCAAAGAAAAAGAAAAUCCUUCGAA